AUGGCAGCUGCAGACAUCCUUUACCUCACUUUGUGGAUUGCCACAGUCUUCCCCGCUGGACUCGGAUGCCCUGAGCUCUGUACUUGCUCUGAUAAAUACGGCCGUCAUGUAGCAGAAUGCUCCUACAAAGACUUGGCUGAAAUCCCAGAUGGUAUGCCUCCCAAUGUUUCAACUGUGAGUCUCUCGGCUAAUAAGAUCAGUUUGAUACCAUUAGGGAGUUUUGACAAUAUCACCAAGGUGACGUCUCUGUGGAUGGGCCGCAAUGAGCUCAUCUCAAUCGAACCAGGGACGCUCUUGCCUCUGGUUCACCUGUGCAACUUUGACAUCAGCUACAAUAAAAUCGUACACUUUCCUUGGGAGGAUCUGCAGAAUCUCACAAGCCUGCAGCUGUUGAAGAUGAAUCACAACGAGAUGGUCCACCUCCCGAGGGACGCCUUGUCCAACCUUAAAGACCUGAGGUCCCUCCGUCUCAACAAUAACAAGUUCAUAACCUUAGCUGAGGGCACGUUUGACGGCUUAAUUUCUUUGUCACAUCUGCAGAUCCAUCACAAUCCUUUCGCAUGCACCUGCUCCCUCGACUGGCUCAGAGACUGGAUUUCAACAUCCACCAUCUCAGUCGACGAGCAGAAUUUGACCGUUUGUGCAACUCCAGAGAAACUUAAAGGCAAAGUGAUCGUGCAUUUGCCUGAGUCAAAGUGCAAAAGCCCAAAUGUCACAAUGAGAUUGGAACCAAAUGUCCGUAACACGACUUUCUACGAGGAGAGCACUUUGAUCUUGACUUGUGAGUUCAAAGGAAACCCAAAUCCACUGGUCAUGUGGAGUAUUCACAGCCAAAGCCAGAAGAAAGAGCUGGCUUUGUCGUUUAUUGAAGAUGGCUCGGCUGAAUCAAACAAAGACUCCUUACUGUCCCAUAAUCCUUUCAAAGUGUUUAAUAAUGGGACUCUAAUCAUUUCACACCUCAGGAAGGAAGAUGGCGGCAACUACAGCUGCUCUGCCACAAAUGAAUUUGGUAGAGCUGAGGAUUCUCUGUCGGUGGAGGUGGUGGCCUUACCAAAACCAACACCUGUAAAGAAAAUUACCACAACUCCCAUUUACACUAAAACACACCCAUUUAUACACCAAACGACACACAAAACAAAUGUUUUUGAUGCUGUGCUUCUGCCUGAUUUAAAGAGAAAAGACAUCACGAACAUCAAACCCACUUUCCCGCCUACUGUAGAGAUCAACUCGGAGUCUUCUGAUCCUGAGGAGGUAACAAGUAAUCCAUUACGUGCUAGUAAAUGUGGCGUGACGGCUAACACAAGAUAUAUUUCAAGUAAUGUCUUUAACGAGAGCCUGGAUGAUAUCAAGCAGUACACAUUUGACUUUGGUGUCAUUGCCUUAGGGGUGUCAGAAACAGAGGCAACAGUACGGCUCAACCCUCUUCUCAUACCCAGAGAUAAGAGCGCCAACAGGGCCGCUGCAUCGUCUGACAGUUUUCAAAGUGUCAGCGAAGAGUCUCAUGAAUAUUCAGACGACUCAAUAGAAGCACCUUUGAAUGGCUUGUACCUUUGCGUCACUGCCGACCGCAAACACUCGGCUGUGCAGUGGUCGCGGAUCAAGGAGGGCGUCAACACGUACAUGUUCGGCGAUUUACGACCUGGCACCAACUACUCCUUGUGUCUGACCUACAGAAGGGAGGACUGCGAGGUUCAGGUGCUGUUCACCACCAGGAGGAUGGUUCCCAAUCUGCUCAUCAUCAUCUCAGUCAGCAUCUGCCUCCUGACCGUGUCCACCGUGCCUCUUCUGGGCGCGACGUGUUUCCACUUGGUGUACAAGUACCGCAGCAAGACGUACAAGUUGAUCCUGAAGGCCAAAGAUCAGUAUCACAUGGAGAGGAACCUCACCACCAAUUUUCACAUCCACGCGCCCCACACCGAGUCGCAGAGGAAGAUUAACGGCAGCCAGCUGGACGAGGAGGAAGGGGAGACGGAGAGCGUGGAUGGAGAUAAGGAAGCAGAUACAGAAGAAAGUAUGGUGACUGAAUCUUUCGUUUUGUCUCAGUGUAAGGGGAAUUUAGACGACUGUGAGGUGGGAUCCGAGUAUAGUGACAGGUUGCCUCUUGGAGCUGAAGCAGUGAAUAUUACAUGCAACUACAAAUAUCCAAAUCAGUAA